AUCACACCUUUUACAGCGAAUUUCUGUGCAGGGAUUUCGCGCCUCAUGAUGUGUCGCUACCUGAAUAUCUUGCUGGCACUCCUUAGCCGCUUCCUGUUCGCCAUCCAUGGGGUUGUGACGGUGUGGCGAGUGGUGGUUGUUAAAGGGGAGCCUCUCUAUUGGCUGCUGGUUUUGGGUGUGGCUCUGCUGGGAGUGGAAAUGGCCCUCACCCUCAAAUGUACCAGCAAUGCGGAGUGGAAAUGGUUCUCCCCUAUGGUUUUCCUCUACCUCAGUACUGUCAUCCCAUCCAUUUGGUUUCUGGAGCUGAGCCUAUUACAGUCCAUGCUGCCCCUCAACAAUUCCUCCAGCCACGAGCUUCAUUUGCUGGCCCACAUCCCCAUCACAAAGGGCAUUGAGGACCUUGAACCAGAGAACUGGGUAGAAGGACUGGAGCAGACCAUGCUUAUUGUACUGGUUCUGGGUCGUUGGCUGAUGCCAAAAGGGGACAUGUCACGGGACCAGCUUUCACAGCUCCUCAUGGUUUAUGUUGGACUGGGUGCUGACAUCCUAGACAUCUUUGACACCUUCAAGGAACCUCAAGUUAAAACUAACAGGACGGUCGUCAUCAUUGGGCUUGCCCUCUUCUCUUGGGCGCUUAUGCAGUUUCCUCUGGUUCUCACCCAGACGCAGGCCUCACAGGGUGAGCUUCCUAAGAGGAGCUGGAAUAACCUCCCCUGCUGUCAUGGAGCUUCCUCCUCACCCCCCUCUUGCUGCUCCAAUGAGAUCUGGAGUUUGUUGCUCACUGUAGGACUACAGGAUGCCCCGUUCCUGGUUUAUCGCCUAUACCUCAUGAUAAAAGAGAAGGUGCAGAACCAGCUGAUGAUUUUCUUCACCUGCAAGAACAUACUUAUUGUCCUUUUGGAGCUUUACAGGAUCUUUGUGGUGCAUUUUGAACAGCAGGUACAAGACUCAGUGUUUGACAGGUGUGGGCCUCUGGAGACCUACAGUCAAACCCUUAGGGGUAGUAACACAGAGGAGGCUGAACAAGAGAAUGGUAAACAGAGGCAAAGAGCAGAGCAGAGCUGUCGUAUGGACAUGGAAAUGGGACCAGACGGAGGGGAAGAGCGCAAAGCGUCCAUGUAAAGAAAAGGGUGCAAAACUCGCAGGAGGGUGACUUUGACCUCUUGGGAGGGAAGAGAAACUGUGUUCACUCACCAAGACUAAAGCUGAAUGCAGCUACCAUCUCUUAGAUCUCAGCCUCAUUCUGAGACGGUCUUUGCUCUCUGGAGGUUUAGUAACAAGAUAUAAAGCACAAAGGAAGAGUAUGUCCCCACAAAAAAAAAAAGAGAAAAAGCUGUCUUUGAUAAAACUUAAGAAAAACCUUGAACAUUCUGACCUCAGCACUGUCAGUUUUUCAGUCACAUUAAGCAGUUAGUAAUACCAAAACAACUGUUAUUUGUUUUGCUUUUAACUUUUUCCUAAUUGCAAAAGAAGUAGAAGGGUUUGAUUAAUAUCUUUGUAAGCAAUAAGAAAAAUUUCUAUAUCAAAUAAGGAGCUAAUAAGCAUGAGGGGUGACAUUUCACAAAUGUGUUUCUUAUUAGUUAAUAAACUUUUUCUAAUAAAGGCCUUUAUAUAAAUAAAUAAAUGAAACAGCACAUGGCUGUUUAUUUGCUUGCCAUGAGAUGGCAGUGUUGCUAAGACAACUGAGAUACACACACAUCCCUGAAACAUACAUGAGAUUUGCAUGGAGAGAGAAGCUUGAAUGUUUUUGAGCUGCAAGUUUUUUUUUUCUGUUUUGGGAGGAAAAACCUCCUCUAUGGGUGUUGUUUACAAGAUCAAAAUCAGCGAGUGUUGCAACUCUAGUAGUACUCUAGUAAUUAGAAAUAGAUUUAGUACCUUCAGACAGCUGUUUUGCAAUUACUAAUCAAAUGUAGUCAUUUUAAAGACACAUCCUGAUAAGCGGGAGGCGAGUGAAGAGGUCUGCUACUCACUCUCAGGUUAUUUUCCUCCUGAGCACAAUCAGCUCACCGCAGCCGGCUUCAGAACUCACUGCAUUUUCAUAAUGGCUGAAAAAGCACACUUGUGAUUAUGUGAGAUUUGCUCUCACUUGCUUUCUUUUUAAAGUCAGAAAGGUGCUUCUGAGAGAUUCCUCCACAUGACCACAAAAGCAAGAGGCUCUUAAAUAGCAAGUGAGAACAGGGAGGGGGGGUGUUUGAUCUGAAGCCCAGGGUCUCAAGGUUUCGAGCUACUUAAAGGUGGGGACAAACGACCCCUCCUCUCAGCGUCUCAAUUCACACAAUAACUCUCCUGUCACAUGGGGGCUCGGAUGCAGCCCUGCUGAAUUCAUGGAUGACCCUGCUUUGUUGAGCUUCUGCUUAGGUGUCGAGGUAGGCAGCAACAGAAGAGCAGCAAUGGCAGCGAGUGGCAUUUCAAUCAGGGGUCUUACUGAGACAGACCUGUAUCAUUGUCCAUUAAAUAGCUGCACUUCAACCAGCCUUCAUUGUAAUGACAGGAGCUCAGGCUCCUGUAGGAGCUUGGGCUGCGUUACCUCUUGUUUAGAGCAGAGAAAAAGAAGAGAACAGAGUGAUGUGAAGGCAAGGUUCCAAACCACUCCAGAAAAGCCUGGAAAACAAUUAAGUUCUGAAUUUUUACUUUGUUAUGGUUACUAUCUUGAUCUACCUUUCCUCAAUGUUAAUUUCUUUUCAUUCUUUUUUUUGUGUCUUUUCUUCCUCCCUUCCUUUCCUUGGCUAAGACUGGAGUUUUACUUCCACAGGGCCACACAGAACGUGGGGGAUUUUAUUCAGUUGUGGGGUUUUUACAACAUUUUACUUACUGUGUCAGAAGAAGGAGAUCUAAGUUUAACAAGCUCCUCAUUUAUCGAUUUUUUUGCUUACACUUGUUUUUACCUUAGU